UGACCUGGCCUUCUGAGGGUUGCCGAGGACACCAGUCCAGAGUGGGAAAUUGGUCAACAGCCGGUUUAUGCGUCGCGCCCCCUCCCUGUCUCCCUCGCAGCAGCCAGGUCAAGUUGCAGUUCUUUCGCCAGAGGGCUUGUUUAUAUAUAGACUGCCCUGAAUCUGGAGGAGCAGCAGGAGAGACGGCGGCUGUUCAUGAGCUGGCUAACCAGCUACCUCUUCGGCUAGUUUGCUGCGAUUAGCAGAACGGUGGUUAGAAAAACCGGCGCUUGUUGUGGGGAACGAGAUUCUUCUAAGGAAAAGCAGCGGGGCCAUUCAGGUGAAUCUACGUAAUUCUUGCUUUUCUUUGGUGAUGGCAGCUGUGCCCUCAGCUGGUAGCCUUCUGGCAAAGAACCAGUACUAUAGAACUCGACUGAAUUCUGAAUCCAGUGUUUCUUCAAGCACUUCAUCUUGCUGCUCUGAUUCUGUGAACUUCUCAGAUCAGGACAAAAACGUCCAUGGGCUACCUGAGCUGUAUGAAAAAUGUUGGUGGAUAAAAAGCUUUUUCCAGUGUGAGUCAGCUCCUCGGAAUAUGGGCAGGAAAAACCUAUCAGCUAGCAGUGCUAACAGCUGACUCAGAUUGCAAGCUGACGGUGUCCGUAUUGACUUUACAUACAUGGACUCAAUUCUUGAAAGACUCCAGGUCUUCCAGGCAGCUGCCUUCAGUGUUGUGAAGAAAACAAACUGCUUGAAACUUCACUUGCAAGAAAAGAAGGGCAAAUUCCCAAGGAUUUAUCUACACUUCAAAUAGAUUUUGUUGAAGCAAUCAUCAAUUCAAUUUUCCACAUCUGUUGCAGUGUUCUCAAUAGUGAACAGGUGUUCUGCAUUUCACAAUGACUCUUGUAUGUCAUUGGAGGAAAUGCAAAUGAAAAGUCUUGUUAGCAUGGAGUAUCUGCUAAUUAUCCAGACUUUCCAUUACCAAAUUAAAAAGCUUCUGUAGAAUGUCUGGGGCAAAAAGUGUCAAGGCUGUUGUGUCUUAAAGCUGGAAACACAGUAGCUGAGGUUGAAAGAACAGACUUAUCACAGCCUCAACUUUUAGAAUGUUAGCUAUGCAGAAAUUUUCAAAUGCCAAAUAAAUCCCUUAUAUAUUGUAAAAACUUAAUUUGCAAAAAAGUCUUUUUAGACAAUUUGUAGACCUCAAUCGUAGACAUAUUAGAUUGGAUCCCAUUAAGCUUUUUUCACUGGUGAAAAAAGGGUAAAGGGGCCAUCUUUGACAACCAACAAGUUAAUGCUGGGAUCAUGGAACACUCAUGGGCAAAGCCAUAUGAGAUGAGAAUGCCGCUGCAAGGACUUUGGACUUAUGCUGCCCCAAAGGGUGGUAUGAUUCCAUUUAGCUUUUGAAGGGUUUUCAGGCAGCUUUUUUUUGUUGCCUCCCCAUGCCACCUGAAAGCCCUCUGGAGGUGGCACAGUAAUCAUGACAUCCCUUGCCACCAGGGUCUUGUCGACUGGGCUUCACAUGAGACUGAGCGAGAAAGCUGGCUGGAUCCUUCCCAGGAUUUCAGCAGAAUGCCAGUUAUAGCACCAUGCAAGGGAACAUACACCUGGCCAUGGCAUCACCAUGCCAUUGCCCCCAGAAAAGUGUCACAUCAGCAUGAGGGGGGGGGGGACUGGUAAAGUGAAACAGCCUCCCUGCCACUGUUGGCCUUAACAGACUUGUGCCAUACUUUUUGGUGGUGUAAGUCAGAGGCCUUGUCCUGGCACAAUGUGGCAAAUGGCUGGGGGGAAGCCAACUAAUGUCGGUUCCUUCCUUAGCCACAUCCCAGCCUGCUCCCACUAUGCUGGUGGAGGCAGGGGUGCUGGAACAUUGGUGCUAUGCCCAGCACUGAGUUUCCGUGCCAGGUUGGGCCACAGCUACAUGCUGGUGGAAUUGCCCUUCUGCUGGGGUGAGUGUCCCUCCGAGGGCAAAUUCAUUGACAUGGCCACAUACCAGCUACAUGCUGGUGGAAUUGCCCUUCUGCUGGGGUGAGUGUCCCUCCGAGGGCAAAUUCACUGACAUGGCCACAUACCAGUCCCAUGGGUGCAUUUUGUACCUCCCUCUGGAUGGGGCUGUCAGAGUUCCAGAUUGUUUUUAACUAGUUUGUUGAUGAAAGAUUCUCCUACUUCAUCAUAGCUUAACUUUCUGUUUACAUUUAUUAUAAAUAAUAUUAAAAUUAGUUUCAAUACAUGAUGAAACGGAUGAUUAUAUGAUUUUACUAUGAAUAUUAACAUUUUUCUGCUAAUAACUGACUUCAUUUGACAUGUUUUUCCCCUUUCACAUUUUAAAAAUGCAGAAAGGAAUAGGCUGCCACAUGGAUGAUUGAAGCUUGCAAUUAUCAGCACAUUAUUGCACAAGAGUGUUCUUUUUGAGAUCCAGAAGUGUCACUUGUUAAUUAAAUAGGGAAGUUCACAGAUAUGUGGCAGACACUAGGAAUAUAGAUCUGCAUAAUGCUCUGGGACAGUACAGUUGGUUCACUAUGUUUUAAUUUGGCUGUAGUGUCAUUAUGCAUCAGAUACCUGAGCAUAUCUACUUAAAGAAAAUGAAUGAAAAGUGAGUAAAUGCACAGAAUAAUUAAGAUAGUCCAUCAUAAAAAGUUGGUGUUGAUUUGUGCAUUAUUACAGUUCUAUGCAUCUGUAUAUAUGUAAAAAUCUUGUAUAGUGUAAUUGGAAAAAUGUAUUACUGUAUAGAAUUUUUUUACCAUGUUUUGUAUUAAUAAAGUUUUGAUAAAUA